UGAAUCAGUGCUAAUUCUCUUACAGUUCUAGAAUUAUGGGAUAUGUAUUGGAAUUUCAGUGUUUUGUGGAAGGAACGUAAUUUGUCAAAUUUGGUAGUUUUGCAAAAAAACAUCGCCUUAUCUAGCGUAAAAUGUAAAAUUCCCAGUACAUGUAACUAGAUAUACAAGUAUAUCGAAGGCUUCUCGUCGAAUUUAAUAUCUUUUGUAUUUUCUUAGAAGUAUAUAUACUAUCUAACUUUCAUUUAAGCUUGAAAUUUCACUUUGAAAAUGAUAAAAAAUGCCCCAGUCAAUUUUUAUUCAAGUGGGCCAAUGUGGAAACCAAAUUGGUUGCCGUUUCUGGGACCUUGCUCUUCAAGAAUAUCAACAUCAUAAAAUUUUAUCUUUAGAAGAUAUUAGUAAUUUUUUCAAGCCUGUUGAUGUCAAAAAUAAAUCCAAUGUCAACAUUUUAGAUUCUGUGAAAGCAAGGGCAGUCAUGAUUGAUAUGGAAGAAGGGGUAAUCUCAGAUAUAUUACGUGGACCUCUUAAAAAACUUUUUGAUAGAAAGCAGCUAGUUACUGAUGUUUCAGGAUCUGGAAACAACUGGGCUAUGGGGAAUAAAUUUUAUGGUUCAAAAUACCAUGAUCAGUUAACUGAACUAUUCAGGAAAGAAGCAGAAGAAUGUGAUAGCCUUCAAUGUUUCUUCUUGCUGCAUUCCAUGGGUGGUGGAACAGGUUCUGGACUUGGUACCGCAGUUUUAGAAUAUUUACAUGACGAGUUCCUGAAAAUUCCAAGAUUUGUUUUUGCUGUUUUCCCAUCCAUACAUGAUGAUGUUGUAACAUCUCCAUACAAUACAGUAUUAGCAAAUAGUCAACUAAUGAAUUUUGCUGAUUGUGUCAUUCCUUUUGAAAACAAAACUUUAGGGGACAUAUGUAAUAAAGUUUCUAAUGUGAAAAACAGCCAUCCACAUGGCAGGUAUAGUGCAGAUAAAUCAGAAAAUGCAACAUCUGUAAUUGGAAAUCCUAGAGAUAAGAAAGCUUGUAAACCUUUUGAUGAAAUGAAUAAUAUUGUAGCUAAUACAAUCCUGAAUUUAACUUGCUCUUCCAGAUUUCCUGGUAGCUUAAAUGUUGACCUAAAUGAGAUAAUUAUGAACAUGACUCCAUAUCCUCAUCUUCAUUAUUUGGUUCCUAGUGCUGCUCCUUUAUUUUCAUUCCGUGAUAGCUGUAAAAUUGAUCAGAUGCUUACUGAAGCAUUUUCAAUGAGUCAUCAGUUAUUUCAAAGUCCUUUAUCACAAGGCAUGUUGCUUGCUUGUGCUCUUCUGUGUCGUGGUCAAGUUUCUAUGUCUGAUGUUCAGCAUAACAUUGAUCGAUUAAAAGCAAAUUUAAAAUUUGUGCCAUGGAAUGAGGAAGGAUGGAAAAUAGGUUUAUGCAAUGUGCCUCAUAUUGGAUGCCGUAGCUCUGUUUUAAUGCUAGCAAAUACAUCAUCUAUAACACAUUCUUUGUGCCUUUUGCAAGACAAUUUUAUGAAAAUGUACCGGAAGAAGGCUCAUUUACAUCAUUUCCUUGAAGUUGAAUGCAUGGAAAAAGAUAUAUUCAAAGCUUCUCUUAAUGAUCUGAUAUUACUAAUACAAGACUACAAAAAUGUAGAAAAAGUACAUGAUGCAGCAGAAGUAAAACGAUUAAAAGUUGCAAUGUAAUACUUUGUAUUUUGACGUGUAAAUUUGUAAAUAUUAUUUAUUUACAAUCUGUAAUGUUUAUUUUACUUUGUUUGUCUAACAUUUAUUUCUGCUUCAAUGAACUACUAUUUAGAUAUAAUGCAAUAUUUUAAAUGAAAUAAACAUCUGAUAUAAUAUCAAAACAAAACCUGAAAUGAUGUAACUGUAUAUUUUUGGAUAAAUAGCUAUGUUAAGUAUUAACCCUCUUUUAUUUUCUUUUUUAUAAUCAGUCCGAAUAACAGCAUAAAGAAAUUGCAAAUGGCAAUAAUUACAAUUUUGGGAGUAUUGAUGUAAAACAAGAUAUCAUGACAGAUCUGUUACAAAUAAAGAAUUUUUUUAACAACUGCACAAA